GAGAACCUGGAGCUUCGAGCAACAUCACGUCACGAACAAACAAGCAGCACUUCACACUCACAUCCCCCAUUACACGUCCGCAAACCUCAGACCUCGACGAUUGACAUCGAGAGUACGAUAUACAAUGGCAUCCCGCGUCCUUCGCCCAGCGUUCCGGGCUGCGAACAAUAGCGUGCGCGGAUUCCAGACCAGCGCUGCUUUGAGACAAGAGAAGCCGCUUGUUGCACCGGUCAGGAGGCCUGUUGGCGCUUUUAGGGGAGGACUCUUCGGUUUCCUCCUCGGUACCGCGACCGCCGGCGCCGGCAUGUACUACUACGUUAUCGACGAGUACCGCGUGAGCAACCAGCUACUUACCGAGGAUAUCUAUGCGCUGCAGAGUGCGGUGCAGAGGAUAGAGGGCUAUGUCAGGACGCUUGAGGAGAAGGUUGGGGAGAAGAGGCGCUGAACAUGAAUCCAAGUUGAGUAGGGCGACUGGGGUGCGAGCAACACAAAUGAGCCAACAUACGAACACAAGAAAAGGAUCAAAGGGCGGCCAAAGUUUGAGCACUUAGAUGCCGCAGCGAGAAGGAAACUGCUGAUGGACUAAGCGAGGGAGCACCAGGAAUACAUGCUGCGAGGAUUUCUUAUAUCAAUCAAUCUCUU